AUGUCCUCGAGCGGGGGAGAUGCGAAGCUAUUUGCGAGGGGCAAGGUCAACGAGCUCCGCAUGGAGCUCCAUGGCGGCGGCAAAAAGGACAAAAACUACUCCUCGAAGAAGAUUGCGUUGAAAAGGAUCGUGGCGAAUAUGACGAUGAGCAAUAAUGAUAUGAUUGCACUUUUCCCCGACGUGAUUGAAUGCAUGACCAUUCCAAGCCUUGAAAUCAAAAAGAUGUGCUUUUUAUUCCUCGUCAAUUACUCCAGAACGAAACCCGACGUCGCGAUGAAAGCACUGCCAUAUCUACUAGAUGAUAUGAAUGACACAAAUCCCCUUAUCCGUGCCCUUGCUCUGCGAACUAUUUCGUAUCUCCACGUUCGUGAAUUUGUCGAGGCCACCGUCCAGCCGAUAAAGCGGCUGCUCAACGAUGGAGAUCCCUAUGUUCGUAAAACCGCAUGUUUUGCGGUUGCAAAGCUCUAUGACCAUGAUCGAAGGCUUGCUGAGACAUCAGACUUGAUCGAUCGACUGAAUGGCAUGCUUAAAGAUGAAAACCCCACCGUUGUGUCUAGUGCACUAGCUGCACUGAUGGAUAUAUGGGAAAGAAGCGAAUCUAUCACGCUGACGAUUGAUUAUGCUAGCGCUUCAAAAAUGAUUUCCAUUCUUCCAGAUUGCUCCGAGUGGGGACAAACCUACAUCCUCGAAGCUUUGAUGUCCUAUGUGCCCCGAGAAUCUUCAGAAGCACUACUAUUAGCUGAGAGAAUUGCACCGCGCCUAUCGCAUUCGAAUUCUGCGGUUGUAUUGACCUGUAUCCGUGUUAUACUCUACCUGAUGAAUUACAUCGCCGACCAAAAGCAGAUUACGUCUUUAGCACGGAAGCUCUCACCUCCGCUUGUAACGCUUUUAUCUAAAGGACCCGAAGUCCAGUAUUUGGCCCUUCGAAACGCAAUUCUUAUUCUACAAAAACAGCCCGAGGUUUUGCGAAACGACAUCCGUGUCUUUUUCUGCAAAUACAAUGACCCGAUCUACGUCAAAGUCACAAAGCUCGAAUUGAUUUUUAUGUUAGCAACCAAGGACAAUAUCUCUGUGGUAUUAACAGAGUUGAGAGAAUACGCUACCGAGAUUGAUGUGCAUUUUGUUCGUAAAGCAGUACGAGCUAUCGGAAAAUUGGCGAUCAAAAUCGAGUCCGCAUCCAACCAAUGCAUUGAAACAUUGCUAGACCUGGUUAACGCCAAAAUCCCAUAUAUUGUCCAGGAAGCAACCGUGGUCAUACGAAAUAUUUUCCGAAAAUAUCCGAAUCAGUAUGAAGGCAUUAUCGGAGCAGUCAUGAAGAACAUCGACGAACUUGAUGAGCCUGAAGCGAAGGCGGCUAUUAUUUGGAUAAUUGGACAAUAUGCGGAUCGGAUAGAAAACUCCGACGCCUUCUUGCAAGAUUUCUUAGCAACAUUCCACGAUGAACCAGUGGAAGUUCAACUUGCGCUUCUCACAGCAACUGUAAAAUUAUUCAUACAACGACCCACCAAAGGCCAGCAGCUUGUUCCGCAAGUUUUGAAGUGGUGUACAGAAGAAACGGACGACCCGGAUCUCCGGGACAGAGGAUUCAUGUACUGGCGGCUCCUCUCUACCGAUCCAGCAGCCGCAAAAGAUAUUGUGAUGGGUGAAAAGCCACCUAUUACAGCAGAAAGUGAGCGGUUAGAUCCUCGCACUCUCGAGGAGCUUUGUCUAAAUGUCGGAACUUUGGCAACUGUCUACCUGAAACCUGUGCAACAGGUUUUCCGAAAUGCAAGACCAAAGCGCUUGGGAAACAGUCCUGCAUUACAGAAAUCACCGGCAGGCGAAGCUACAGAUACCCCGUUCUCGAUACCCAUAUCUACCCUUCUCGCAGCGAGGAAUGAUGCUAUCCCUUCAAAUAUUAACCCUACUUUAGGUGGCGACAUGUCUGCAGCUGUGACCGCCGCUGAUGUGUAUUUCGCUGGAGUAGGAAGUCAACAAAUGGCCGCGAUGAGCUUGGCUGGCGGUGAUGCCGCCGAUGAGGGAUCAAAUGGCUUACAGUCACCGCAAUAUAUUGUGAACCAGGUUGGCCAACAACCAUACCAACCGCAAGCCGUGGGCGGGGCGGCUACGGGUGAAUUGCUCCUCAUCUGA